ACACUAGUCAAAGAUCCUUAUUGCCGUUAUUAGGAACAUACUGCCAAAAAGCUAGUCAGAGAUCCUGUAUUUGACAGGAACGCGUUACCGUUUAAAAAAAAUGCUAGUUCCAAGAUCCUCUCCAUACCAUUAGUGCUCGGUUGUUUUCAAGCAUGUAUUGCAUAAAAGGUCAAAGAUCCUCUAUAUGACAUCAUAUGUGAGUGCAUAUGUACAGCAUAUUUAUAUUUGGUUGACUAGUGAGCACCUGGCGGUGUUUUGAUGAUGCACGCACAGCCGCGUGACAUACGUCCACCCCCUCCCCCCGUUAGCCGCACGUCGUUAUUAUCAUCCCGCCGUAAUGUGGCUCUUUGCCCGCGGCGUCCCGGCCUUUGUGAUUUGACUGUGACGGCUGGCUUCAGCGUGCUCGUGACGCAUCAUCAAUCUGAUUCACGCUGCCCUCCUCCCGCUGUGUUUGCAUGAACGCACGCCACGUAUGGACGGGCGGCCGCGCCGCAGUGAGGGCCCGACGCCGGGCCGUAGCCUCCGGCCGCCGCCGCCGCUGCUGCUGAGCUGAGAGGAGGGAGAAGCGGCGCAGAGGAUGCAGUGGGUCACCCUGGCCGUGGCCCUGGGGUGUGCGCGUCUGGCCCGGGCGUCGCACGGCCCCACCCCCACCCCCACCUCCACGCACACCCCCCUGGUGGACAACUCCGAGGAGGAAGUGGACGAGCCCUGCUUCGAGGCGUGCGCGUGCGAGGUGAAGGAAGGCGUGCUGCACGUGCACUGCGAUGGGCGGGGCUUCACCAACGGCAGCCAGGUGUCACAGUCGUGGGUCCGCCCUUUCAAACUCAACCUCCAGAGGAACUCGCUGAGGCGUCUCUAUAGCAACGGGUUCCAGCACCUUGGCAACGCCGUGUCGAUAAACCUGGGCAACAACGCGCUGCAGGACAUCCGGGUGGGCGCCUUCAACGGCCUGGCCAAGCUGAGGCGCCUCUACCUCCACGAGAACAAGCUGGAGGUCUUCAGGAACGACACCUUCGCCGGCUUAGAGGCUCUGGAGUACCUCCAGGCCGACUACAACGUGAUCAAACGCAUCGACAGCGGUGCUCUGAGGUUCCUCUACAAGCUCCGGGUUCUGAUCCUGAAUGACAACCUGAUCCCCGUCUUGCCUGCGCAUCUUUUCAGAUCUGUGUCGCUGACUCACCUGGACCUGCGGGGAAACCGUCUUAAGAGUCUGGCAUACGCCGGGACCCUGGAGUACGUGGGCCGCUCCCUGAUGGAGAUCCAGCUGGAGGAGAACCCCUGGAACUGUGGCUGCGAGGCGGUCCAGCUCCAGUGGUGGCUGGGUCAGAUCCCAUACACGGCGGUGGUCGGGGACGUCACCUGCGAGUAUCCCUUCCACCUCCACGGCAAGGACCUGAGGGAGAUCCCUCGCAAGGAACUGUGCGCGGAUCUCCCGGAUAAAGAGUUGCAAGCGGAAGGCGGGAGACCGUCGGGGGGAACGCAGCCCCAACAUCUGCCCCCUAAUUCCAAGACCAACCCGGGGCGAGCCAGGCCGACGAAGCCCUCCUCCAUGGUGCACGGCUCCCGCCAGAACACCCACGCCUCGUCCACGUCGUCCUCUUCUUCUUCCGCAGAGCGCAGGGACAAGGAGAGGCACCCGCGGCCCACAAAGCGUCCCCGACCUUCCAGGACGCCCCCGACAUCUCGCAGCCCCAACCAGAACCCCCCCGUGGCCGGCUACCAGACCCGACCCCCCAUCCCCAUCAUCUGUCCCCUGGGCUGCACCUGCAACCUCCACAUCACCGACCUGGACCUGACCGUCAACUGCAAGGACAACGGCUUCCUCAAUGUGUCCCAGCUGAUGCCGCGGCCGCUCAACGGACGCAAGCUGUACCUGAGCGGGAAUUUAAUCCAGAGGAUCUAUCGCAGCGACUUCUGGAAUUUCUCCAGCCUGGAUCUGCUUCACCUGGGGAGCAACCGCAUCUCCUACCUGCAGGAGGGGGCCUUCUCCAGCCUGACCAGCCUGAGGAGUCUCUUCCUGAGUGGUAACAACCUGGAGCGGCUCAGCCCCGACAUGUUUCUGGGCCUGCAGAGUCUAAGGUACCUUUACUUCGAGUACAACGAGAUCCGGGAGAUGGAGCGCGGCACCCUGGACUCCAUGCCGUCCCUCGAGCUGCUCUUCCUCAACGCCAACCUCCUGCGGAGCCUCCCGCCGGGGGUGUUUUCCGGGGUCAACCUGGCUCGCCUCAACCUGAGGAACAACCACCUGCUGCGGCUUCCGGCGGACGGCGUGCUGGAGCACCUCACCGGCUUGGUCCAGGUGGACCUGCAGCAGAACCCGUGGGAGUGCAGCUGCGAGGCGGCGCCGCUCAAGCGCUGGCUGGAGGGCCUGAGCGCCGUGGUGGUGGUGGGGGAGGUGGUGUGCCACUCCCCGGACAAGACCAAGGGCGUCGACCUGCGCUCGAUCUCCAUGGAGCUGCUGUGCCCCGAGCUGGAGCCCCAGGAGGACCAGGAGCACCAGACGGUCACCCCCGUGGUGCCAGACAGAGGCGUGCCGCUCGGCUACCCCAACUCGGGGCCUCUAGUCCCCCCGGGGAAGGAGUCGAUCCCGCUAUCGGUGCUGGUGCUCAGCCUGCUGGUGUUGUUCGUCUCGGCGUUCUUCGCGGCGGCGGCGCUGAUCGCCUACACCCUGAGGAGGAGGGACAAGCUGCCGUUCCGCCGCCAGGGAGAGGUGGACUUGGCCGGCAUCCAGAUGGAGUGCGGGAUCUUCACCGAGCAGACGCACCACCACCACCACCACCACCACCACGGCCUGGCCGGGACGCCCACCCUGAACGCGCCGGAGCACAACCACGUCUAUGACACUAUCUUGCCCCCGGGGGCCGCGUCCAAAGGCCCCGACCCCGCGGCGUCCCCGCACGUCUACAAAGAGGGGCAGGGCGCGGCUGCGAAGGCGAAGGCGAAACAACAACCGAGCUACUGCUCUCCCGCCGACAAGGACAGGGAGUGGACCCUGCAGGUAACCUCGUCCCCCAUUAGCACCGUCGCCGGGGCGAUGGGGCGACUCGCCGGCCUGCACGAAAACGGCAUCCUGUGCCCCACUGUCAUCGACAGCCAGGGCCCGACUCCUAAAGUGGAGCUGGUGGACUGCCUGUUCCGACUCCCUACCCCGGAGUUCAGAGACAUGUCUGAUCGCUACGCCAGGCCGCCGCCCCGCUACCCUCACCCCCAGGAAACCUCCCAGGACGCCCAGACGGUGGUGGUCACGACAACCUCCGCCGCCGCCGGCGCAAACAGCGAUCAGGGGGGCGAUCAGGGCGCCAGACUGAUGACUACGCCGGACUACAUGGAGGUCCUGGACCGCUCUUAUCAGUUUUAGCACUCAUCUCUCGCAUUCACUGGAAAUGAAUCACAGGAAGGACGACUCCUAAAGCUACACAACCGUGGGGGGUCACCUUUUUGAAGGACGACUCCUAAAGCUACACAACCGGGGAGGUCACCUUUUUGUACCUCCCACUACCGCUACUACGAUCUUGUACCGUUGAUAUUCCCGGAAAGGUGAUCUAAUCCCAGAUCUCUGCCUGCAGGCGCAGCUACCACACGAUAUUCCCCAUUGGCGAGGCGGUGGGCUUUCUUCGGAAAAGGUUUAUCACGCUGCAGGUGAAACACGAAAUACAAGCUAAGCGAAAGACAGGAAGAGGAGAGAACAGCCAAGUGCCUUAGCAGCGAACAGCCAGCAAGUGUGGUCAAUGCUUAUUUUUCUAAUGAAUACAGAUCUAUUUAUCUAGGACAACCGAUCGGAGGCACCCCAAGAAUAUACUCCAAUACCCCCGGAAUUGUUUGUAGGCACUUGAUUUGCUCUCAUCUCACCCGGUUAACUUAAUUUGCUUCAAGUUUUUCGUUGUUGUUGUUGUUUUUUUAAGUCGAGGGACACGUCCGCGGCUCACGCCGUGCCCAAAUUCCACACCCGACGCAGCAAAGGGACGGAAAUGUUGUUGUUGUUUUUUUGAGACAAACAAGGAAGGCCGGCGUUCAUCAGAAGGACAUUGUUUUUUGGGAUAGUUUCAUAAUCAGCCAGACUUAACGAGGCCUCCAGGACCUCGGCGCCACGUUUUUUCUUUGAUCAGGCCGCGGCAUCGAGGUUAUUGAUUUUUUAAGUGCAUCUCAGAGGAAAAAAAAUCGGAUGGACAAAAAAAAAACAAAAAAAAAAAGAUUAAAAAACGAGGACGUGGAGGCACCCUUUCUUAACAAAGACAAACAAGACAGUAUCAAUUAUUAUCUUUUAUGAAGAUACCUUUUUAUGCUUUCAUCUCUUACCAAUAGUAGAGUGUGAAUAUAUUUAUUCUUAGUUUCUUCCUUCUGUAAGGGAUCAUGUUAUAUUACUGUAUAGGAUGAUUCUGCAUCUGGUUCCGCCUUCUUACCGCCAACCCGAGUACAAUAAAGGGUGCUACAUACAAAAUAUAUUGUGUGUGUGACAAAUGAAAGUUUCAACACACACACACACACACACACACACACACACACACACACACACACACACACAUUCUUGUAUUUGUUGCCU